CUGAAUGGUAAAUAUGAUUUUCUUGCUUUACCGAUCCGCGCUUUCACAUCUGCAUCAGAUCCACCAUGUUCAUCAAUGAUGCUGCCCAAAUAUAUUGAAAUCAUGAGUCAAUUAAAGCUAAACCACCAUAGAAAACCUGGAAGCACAUUAACAUCAUCGGAUGCCGGCCAGCUCAGUGGUCUAAUGGUUAGGUGCUCACGCGCGAGACUGUUAGUUCCUGGGUUCGAAUCUCGCGGGGUGCGGGAUCGUGGGUGUGCACUCCGCAGAAGUGAUGAAUUUACAAAAGAUGAUUAUGCUAGUUCAAUUAUUUGUUAUGUUACAUUUAAUGUUAUUUCUAACUGUAUAUGCUGAAUUAGUAGAGAGGGAUAAAACGCUAUGGGAAAAACUAUGGGAUGAGUUUUGGAAACAUAUUCUGGGCAAUAAUACUUGGUCAGUUACAUAACAGACAAAAGAAAACAAAUUUUUUUAAAAUAAGAACAUCAUUGACAAUGUUUCACUGCUUUCAAAUAACAUUCAACAUACAAAUUCCCUCAUAAAUCAUGAAUAUUAACAACAAUUCAUAUAGAAACAGACUAAAAUCGUAUACGUUUUGUGUUUAAAUGAACAUGAAUUGUGUUUUUUUGUUGUUGUUAUGUUCAAUUAACGUUUAAUAGUUUUGUCUACUGUUCAAUGUAAACUUACCAAGGAUAAACGGAAACAUUAUAAACAUAAUUGUCAUCA